CACGUGAGAUCCUAUCACGCGCCAAUUGGUAUCAGAGCAUGUUUACGAGAGAAUCAAGCCAGGGGACGAUGACGCCCCGCAAGCCACCAACGACGCCAUCAUCACUAGAAGUCGGCGGUGACGAUGAGCUAGGGAAACAAAUCCAAGCCCUUGUCGGCCACCAACAGGCGAUCUCGUCUAGGAUUGAAACCCAAGACGUCCUCAACCGCGAACACGAAGCUACUUUGGAGCACUUGCACGUCGACGUAGGACAACUCCAACGCGGCCAUAAGAAGUUCCAGGACGGGCAUGAUCGUUUACAGGAGGAAAUCGAUGUCAAGCGCGUUGAUCAUAAUCGCCUAGCUAACGACGUUUAGCUCUAUCUUGGUCAUUCUUUGAGAUCUACCUUUGGGAAAGAAGGCGGCGGAGUCAUCAAGGGUGUCGGAGCACGUCACUGUGAAAAGGUGGCCGCGCCACCGAUCAGCUUUUGCUAGGAGAGAAGAUGAAGGGAGUCGUCGGAUAUUUGGAGUCUCUCUCACCCAAGAAUUGGAGCAUGACGCUAAGAAGAAGAAGAAGUCGUAAGGCGCCUUGAUUUGCAAGAUGAGUCAAGAGGAGGAUGCGCGACGGGAGGCAAUGCCCGCGGAAGGAGCUGGUCAAGGAAUCCCCAUCGGACAGGGCUGGGGAAACGUCACCAUUCCCAGUGAGGAGGAACGGAUCGUCGUGCAGGGUGGAACGCGGGUCUGAUCGGCGGGCUCAUCGGGACUGUGCUUUACGGAGUUGGGGCGGGAGAGAAUGAGGAAGGCCGAGCUGAAGAAGGUCCAACUGGCCCGAAAAUGGGAGCUGGCAGACCAGUCAUCACAUAGUCGUUGGUCGGAGGAGCAAGUGGGUUCAGCGGGCCGACGGGCUCAAGGGCGAACGAGCCAAGCUUCCAUUUUGGCAGGACGAGUCUCAACUACAGCGGGCCAGGGGUACAUGGAUCGUUUGGGCCGGGAAGUUCGUGGGUCGUGGCAAGAGCAAGAGGAGGUUGGGUCGGGUCAAGGCUAGUGUCUAGGACAAGGCGAACCAUCGAUGGGCUUAGUCAAAUCCAAUGGACCCAUUGAACCAUACUCGGGCGGACCAAUUGGGUUCGUCCAACCCAUGGUCCAUGCGGGACACUACGAGAAGCUGGUGUUAGGGGUGGGCAACCGGUUCGGUAAACCCGAACCGAACGAAACCGAAUUAAACCGAACCAAAACCGAAUUAAUGCUAUUCAGUUCG